CCCUCCCCCGGUGCGAUGGAAGUCCCUGGGAGUCCUCCUCCUCCCCGCUAGCCGGCGGCGGCCCGGCCCGGUGCAAAAUGCUGGGCAUGUACGUGCCGGAUAGGUUUGCCCUGAAGUCGUCCCAAGUGCAGGACGGGAUGGGGCUCUACACGGCCCGCAGAGUGAGAAAGGGUGAAAAAUUUGGCCCCUUUGCAGGGGAGAAACGAAUGCCUCAGGAACUGGAUGACGACGCAGACUGCAGGCUUAUGUGGGAAGUUCGUGGCAGUAAAGGUGAAGUCCUUUAUAUCCUGGAUGCAAGCAAUCCACGCCAUUCGAACUGGCUGCGUUUCGUCCAUGAGGCUCCAUCACAAGAACAAAAGAAUCUGGCAGCCAUCCAGGAAGGGGAAAAUAUUUUCUAUCUGGCCGUGGAUGAUAUUGAAACAGACACAGAACUUCUGAUUGGUUACUUGGACAGUGACAUGGAAGAAGAGGAGGAGGAAGAGGAAGAAAUAACUGUUAUCCAGGAAGAUGAAGACACUGGCAGCAAUAAAGAAGUGCAACCAGCUGGUGAAAAGAAUGCAGAUACCCUCACCUGUAAAGAGGACCAUGCAUGUCCAAACUGUGAAUCCAGUUUUGCAAGCCAGGAGAUUCUAGCUGAACAUCUCCAGACGUUGCACCAAAAACCCAGUGAGGAAAAGGAAUUUAAGUGCCGAAACUGUGGAAAGAAAUUCCCUGUUAAACAAGCUCUACAAAGACAUGUACUUCAGUGCACAGAGAACAUCAACCCAGGGGACUCUUCAAGAAGUUUUCAGUGCUCUGUUUGCAAUACUUCCUUCAGCUCAGAAUCGAGUUAUGAACAGCACAAGGAGGCAUGCAGAGGGGAUGCCAGAUUCAUAUGCAAGGCAGAUGGUUGCGGGAAGAGGUUCAAGAGUAAGGAUGCCCUGAAAAAACAUAAAGAAAAUGUUCACAGUGGAAAUUCUAGGAAGAAGCUGAUGUGUUCAGUGUGCAAUAAGAAAUGUUCCUCAGCAACAAAUCUCCAAGAGCAUCGAAAGGUUCAUGAGACCUUUGAAUGUCAGGAAUGUGACAAGAAAUUUAUUUCAGCUAACCAGCUAAAACGCCAUAUGAUAACUCAUUCAGAAAAACGCCCCUACACCUGCGAGGUUUGCAAUAAGUCCUUCAAACGACUUGAUCAAGUGACUGCACACAAAAUAAUACACAGUGAAGAUAAACCUUAUAAAUGCAAGCUUUGUGGAAAGGGAUUUGCCCACAGAAAUGUUUACAAGAAUCACAAGAAGGUACAGCACAGACAGCAGCACUGCGAGCUUCCCCACAGUGUCUCGUCAAUAUGUCUCAACCCUGUUCUGGAGGAACCACCUAUUGAGACCCAUUCUGAAGAGAGACCAUUCCAAUGCGAGGAAUGCAAAGCUUUGUUCCGAACCCCAUUCUCUCUACAAAGGCAUCUGCUAAUCCAUAACAGUGAGAGGACCUUCAAGUGUGAUCACUGUGAUGCUACUUUCAAAAGAAAGGACACCUUAAAUGUUCAUAUUCAAGUUGUACAUGAUGGACAUAAGAAAUACAAGUGUGAUCUCUGUGACAAAGCUUUUGUGACACCCUCAGUCCUGAAAAGUCAUAAAAAAACUCACACAGGAGAAAAAGAGAAAAUUUGCCCAUAUUGCGGACAGAAAUUUGCAAGCAAUGGAACACUGAGAGUUCAUAUUCGAAGCCAUACAGGUGAGCGUCCUUACCAGUGUCCUUACUGUGACAAAGCUUUCAGCAAGAACGAUGGAUUGAAGAUGCAUAUUCGCACCCACACAAGAGAAAAGCCGUACCAAUGUUCUGAGUGUAACAAGGCUUUCAGUCAAAAGCGAGGCCUAGAUGAGCACAUGAGAACCCACACCGGAGAGAAGCCGUUUCAGUGUGAUGUUUGUGAUCUGUCCUUCAGCCUGAAGAAAAUGCUGAUCCGACAUAAGCUGACUCACAACCCCAAUCGACCGAUGGCAGAAUGCCAGCUUUGCCACAAGAAGUUUACAAGAAAUGACUACCUCAAAGUGCACAUGGAAAAUGUCCAUGGUGAAACUGACAGCUAAUUAUGGCGUGUGUGAGAAGAAUGGAUCUCAUGUUCCAAAGUAUUCCACUUGCACAUGUACAAACUCCAGACCUCUCACCUGACUACUAAGCAUAGUCAGGAGAAACAACUUAAAUGUGUUCACAUGCUAUUUUUCUCACUUUUUGUUUUUAUCCUCCUAGAUUACUAAAAAAAAAUACAUUCGCAUGCAGUAAAACAUAGUUUUGAAAAUAAAAAUUUGAAGAUGCAAGAACUUUAGGAAGAUUUUAUCCCAAUUAAAAAAAUAAAAGCUUUAAAUAAACUUUACUUUCUAAGUUUCCAAGGUUGUAAUUGAGAUAUUGGUGGCAUUACCUGGAAAUCCUGGACAUCUGAAACUGUAUCACUUUGUCUCCAACUCUUAUUUCUGUAUCUAAGCCUCAACACUCCAUUAAAAAUCUUCAACUGGAAACCAUG